AUGGAGUACGAUCUGGUCAGCACCCCCACCCAGGAAACCGUCCAGCUCGUGGCCGAUUUUCUCUCCAACCUCACCAAGCAGAACGACAAUCUCCCCACCGUGCAUCUGACCCGCUUCCACGCCCGCACCAUCCCUGCCAUCGACAUCCAUGGUUACCUCACCCGGAUUCUGCGCUAUGCCCCCUGUGGCAACGAGGCCUUCCUCGCCGUCCUCGUCUAUCUCGAUCGCAUGUCCAACCCCGACACCUACCUCUCCACGCCCCAGUUUGCCACCUCCACCAUCAUCUCGCUCCGCGACGCCCGCGAUCCCUCGGGCUCCGGCAAGCGUCUUCCCAUCGUCAUCAACUCCUACAACAUCCACCGCCUGCUAAUCUGUGGCAUCAUGGUUGCCGUCAAGUUCCUGAGCGACAUUUUCUACACCAACUCGCACAUUGCUCGCGUCGGCGGCCUCCCCGUCAACGAACUCAAUCAGCUCGAGAUUGAGUUUCUUCUCCUCAACGACUUCAAUCUCACCGUCGAGGUUGAGGAGCUGCAGAGG